AUGAAAAUAGCGCACACGGGGGGAUAUGUGGCCGCCAGCGCGCGCCUCGGGAGCGGGCCGCUGCCCGGCCCAGCGGCCCUGGCCCGGGUGUUCGGUGUGGCCGAGGCGCCGCUCUGCGGGCCCCCCGCCCGCCCCUGCCCUGGGCUCAAAUGCGAGUCUCACAUACAUCUUGCCUCUCUCGGGCCCCGCGCUCUGGCGCUCGGGGCGCCUCUCACCGCAGGUUUGGGUUAUCUUUGCUCAGGGGGGGGGGGGGGGGAGACGGGAGUUUUCGUGUUUGGUGCUCCACUGCAGCCUCUUGUACGCGUGCAGCUGCCACACACACGCGUGUGA